UGCAAAAGCGAGUCACAACAAGCAAAAUCAUUUUACGGUCUAUUAUUUGCAAUUACUAGACAUGUUUUUGUUGGCGUCUGUGAUAAUUCUGCUGAUUUGGUGCUACAAAAGCUAUACCUCUAAGAAUUAUAUGAGCGAUGCAGUCAACAACAUUCCAGGACCACCUGCACUACCUCUACUGGGUUGCAUAAAGGAUUUUUGGAAAUUCAAACCUAAAACCCUUCUUGCAACCUUAUCUUCCAUGUUUGGCGACUAUGGUAACCUUUUUAGGAUGUGGAUUUUCAAUCGUUUAAUUAUUAUGAGCGCUGACAUAGAGUUUACUGAACAAAUUUUGGCCAGUACCACACACAUUACAAAAGUAUCCACCUAUGAUAUGCUGCAUCAGUGGCUAGGUAAUGGUCUACUCACAAGCCAUGGCAAGAAAUGGCAUUCGCGACGAAAAAUUAUAACUCCAACAUUUCAUUUUAAGAUAUUGGAAGAAUUUCUGGAGAUAUUCGAUCGUCAAUCUACGAUAUUGCUGGAAUGUUUGGAGGAGAAGGCCGAUGGUCAGAGCAUAAUCGAUGUGCAUCCCUACAUGAGUUUAUUUACUCUGGAUGUUAUAGUGGAGACAGCUAUGGGCAUACAAGUUAAUGCCCAAGUUAACAAAACUAAUGAAUACAUUUUAGCGGUCAAAGAAAUGACCGAAUUGAUGGCAAUGCGUUUUAUUCGCAGCCACUUGAAGAACGAAAUACUAUUCACAAUACUUCACCCUAGUAAGAAGUUGCGACAAUCAAAACUUAUACAAAUCAUGCACAAUUUCACUAAAAAAGUAAUCGAGGAACGGCGAGCCUUGUGUGCUCUUCUGGAUGUUCUGCUGCAGGCCACAAACGAUGGCCAGCCUUUGUCAAAUGAAGAUAUACGCGAAGAAGUCGAUACAUUUAUGUUUGAGGGUCACGAUACAGCGGCCUCGGCAUUAAGUUUCAUGCUAUACCUCUUGUCAAGACACCCUAGGGUACAGAAGAAAAUUCUAGCAGAAGUGGAACAAGUCUAUGGUGAUGGUGAGAAAUCUUUCACUUUGAUGAAUUUGAAUGAGUUGAAGUAUAUGGAAUGUGUCAUCAAAGAAUCGCUGCGUCUUUAUCCACCAGUGCCCAUAUUUGGGCGUCAAAUCAAAGAGGAUUUUGAAUAUAAACAUUCAUCUUUGGGCAAUGGUAUAAUCCCCGCAAACUCUGAAUUGUAUGUCUUAAUGGGUAUCUUGUUAAGGGAUCCCAAACGCUAUCCAAAUCCUUGUGAAUUUUUACCUGAACGCUAUGAGACUGUGGACGAGAAGUUUGGCAUGAGCUCGAGUCCUUUUAGUGCGGGGCCUCGUAAUUGCAUUGGACAAAAAUUUGUCAUGUAUGAACUGAAGAUCUGCUUGUUGAAGAUAAUCCAAACAUACGAGCUGUUACCAUUGGGUGAGGAAGUUUGUCCACUGCCGAAUAUUGUCAUGACUUCGGAGAAUGGAAUGCAGUUAGGUUUAAGAAAGAGAAGAGUUUUAAAUGUCUAAUAUUUUUAAAUAAAA